AACCGGAAGAGACGUGGCACAUAAACAGAAGCAGGAAGAAACCAGCUACACUCAAGUCAACUCAUGACAGCUUCCACCCGAAUCAUUAGUUCAUCAAAAUUCCCACAUAGAACAACUUUUAUGUCAUCCUUACAGCAUUCCCUAAAGCCACCGGGACUUGAUUAAAGUCUAUUACAGGAGGCUAUGGGUCUCUGCAAGUGUCCAAAGAGGAAGGUGACCAAUUUAUUCUGCUUUGAGCAUCGUGUAAAUGUGUGCGAACAUUGCCUCGUCUCCAACCACAACAAGUGUAUUGUACAAUCAUAUCUGCAAUGGCUUCAGGACAGUGAUUAUAACCCAAACUGUACUUUGUGCAAUAAUCCGCUGAUUGCUGAAGACACCAUCAGACUUAUCUGCUAUGAUGUUUUUCACUGGACUUGUCUCAACAAUUUGGCCUCCCGCCUGCCCCUCCAUACGGCUCCAGCAGGAUACCAGUGUCCCAGUUGUCAGGGUCCAGUGUUCCCCCCCUCCAACCUUGCCAGCCCGGUUGCCGAUGUGCUUAAAGAGCAACUGUCAUCUGUUAACUGGGCUAGAGCUGGUUUAGGGUUGCCACUGAUUUACGACCCAGUCGAUACCCUUCAGGAGGUCUCGGCUAAUGAUGUAACAGACUACACUGACUGGUCGUCAUUUAAUGCACAAGAACAGAGUCACAGUUACCACAGUCGCUCCUACAAUGCCAGCCUCAACCAAGCGCCCAAUAAUGCUUCAUCCCCAGAAGAGGAGAACUCGGGGAAUGUGGAUCCAAAUAACAGAGAUCACUCUAUUGUCAACUUUCCAGAUGAGACUACAUGCGUUACAAUUCAUGCAGGGUCAUCACCAAGAAAGAUCUACGACACGAGGGACAACAGCUCUAGCAGACAGAUGGAUUUCGAUGAUGACAAGUACAGACGACGACCAACGUUGGGCUGGUUUGCACAAAUUCUCAAGAAUUGUACGGGCUCAAAGCGAACGGCUCUGUCUUGGAAACAGCGGGUCUUCAUGUUCAUUUUGGUUGGUGUAGUGGGAUUCUUUACUUUGAUUAUCGUCAUGGCGAAACUUGGACGUGCCUCAGCUGGUUUAGACCCAAAUUUAGAUCCUCUUUUAAAUCCACACAUCCGUGUGGGCAGAAAUUGAAAUCAGACAUUGAUUACUUAUUUUUACCCACCUCCGCACCGCAUUUAUACUGUAAUGUGUAGGGAAAAAAAUAUUGGCACGCUAGUACAUGAAUUGGCCGCUAGAGGGAGACAUUUACCCACCAGGAACUGGGACCAUCUCACAAAGCGUUCUUUCCAUGAACGACCAACAAAGCUGUAUUCGAAUGAACAGGUCUAAUGGGGAGCUAUAUUAACCAGUUGACAAACGUUUAAAAACGAAAUGGUUGGAUUCUUCACUAUGAUGUUUAUAGUUGUGAAUGUAAAAAUGGCUUCCACAUUAAUUGCAAAAUGCAGUCAUAUACCUAAUUAUUAACACGCGUUUGUUUUCUUUUGAAAUUGAGUGCUUUUAGAUAUAUUAUUUAUGUUAAUCUGUUGUUUUGGGGUCCUUUUUGAUUGACAUUAAAUGGGAAUACUACAGAA